AUGCUGCUGGAGUUUCUUGAGACCGCCAAUGGUGCUCGUAUCCUGAAACUGGCUACCAUCCAUGGCUUCAAGUUUGUGGCAAUAUCCGCAGGCUCCACCAUCAAUCAUGGAGCCGUGCUUCAUGGCGAACCAACCGGUGCUGACAACAAAAUCGCUCGCACCAUUGAUAUUGGCAAAGCAGUGUUUAUUGACAGUAAAGCCCAGAUAUACCCACCUAAAUUAGGGAUGAAAAUUGGUCUGUAUACCAUGGUUGGCCCGUCGCUGGUGGUGAAAAGCGCCUAUGUUGGUCUGCGAGUGCUUAUCGAGGCCAACUGCCAAUUGGGGGUCAAUCUGGUGGUCAACGAAGGGUGUAUCAUUCGUGACAAUACAGUGAUUCCUGAUAAAAUGGUUAUCCCUUCAUUUACUGAGGUUCAAGGAAAGGCAGGCGUUGACUGGCAGUGUACGCCUUUGGCCCCUGGUUAUAAGAAGGCCAUUGAACAGCAAGCACUCAUGCGCCAACUCAUCGGAUAA